UUUGUUCAUAUCAUCUCUGACCAGAUUACCUUAUCGAGCAUCUUGUCUGGACACACUGGUUCCGUAACGGCCGUAGAUGCCCUCACUAUUCCAAGCUCCUCUGAAUCGGGCAUCACACAGAGAACGUUGAUCAUCAGUGCAUCCACCGAUUCCACUGUGAGGAUAUGGGAGAGGAUAGGAAGGACAGAACGAGGAGGAGUAGAUGGAGGAGCAGGAGAAGGAGACCCAGUGUUUGUGGAGAAGCAGUGUAUCUCGUUCGGAUCUGGGUUUGCGGUGGAUGUCGCAUUAACGGUCAUCAGUUCAAACAAUGUUCCAUUGCUUGGUGUGGGCGGUGAUGACUGCAAGGUUCACCUGUACACGGAGGUCAACAAUAUCUUUACCAGAGUACAGAGUCUUUCAGGCCAUGAGGAUUGGAUCAGGGGAUUGGAGUUCACACGUGAUGAUGAUGGUGAUAUUUUGCUGGCGUCCUGUGCCCAAGAUUGUUUCAUCAGGUUGUGGAGGAUAGCAGCAAACCAAGAGCAAACUGCACAAGAUGGAGAGAUCCAACUCAAGAAGAACACCUUCAUCAUUUCCCAUCAAGGUUCAGAGCAGAGUUAUGCUGUCAGCCUGGAAUCAGUGUUAGCAGGUCACGAGCAGUGGAUCUAUGCAGUACAUUGGCAGAAGCCAAUCAUAUUAGACGGCAAACAUCACCAACCACUAUGCCUGCUAUCUGCCUCAAUGGAUAAAACCAUGAUCGUCUGGAGGUUUGAUGCUCAAAGUGCAAUGUGGAUGGAUGAGGUACGUGUGGGAGAAGUAGGAGGCAAUACCCUCGGGCUGUAUGGCUGUCAGUUCAGCCCCGAUGGUGAGUCUAUCCUAUCACAUGGUUACCAAGGAGCUUUCCAUCUCUGGACAAAGAGGGCGCCCAAGGAAUCGGAGGAUGAAAAGGUUCGGGGUCCAAGUUUGUGGAGUCCAUCGGUGGUGGUCAGCGGUCACUUCUCAGGGGUCCAGGACCUGGCCUGGAAUCCUGAUGGUGAUUUCCUGUUGAGUGUAGGCCUGGACCAGACCACCAGAUUGCAUGCAGUCUGGAGAAGAAACGGCAAGGAGUCAUGGCAUGAGAUAGCUCGUCCACAGAUUCAUGGCUAUGAUAUGCAGUGCUUAGCGAUGAUUGGACCUCACUCAUUUGUGUCAGGAGCCGAUGAAAAGGUCCUGCGGGUGUUUGAGGCUCCGACAAACUUUCUUGACAACUUGGCAAAGAUAUCUGGAGUUGACACGUCUUCAGCCAAGGCAUUGCAGGAGGCAAAGAACUUGGCGGAAGGUGCAAGCGUACCAGCCCUUGGGCUUUCCAAUAAGGCCGUCUAUCAGGGCGAAGGAGGGUUGCCUAGCACUGACAGAGAGAUUAUUCACCCCAGCGAACAGUACACCGAGCUCUACUUUGCACCGGUUGCUUUACAGACGCCCCCAACAGAGGAUCACCUCCUACAGAACACACUAUGGCCAGAGACCCAGAAGCUCUAUGGACAUGGUAAUGAAAUCUUCAGUGUUGCUGCUCAUCCGUCUGGGACGAUCGUUGCUUCAGCAUGCAAGGCAGCCAAGCCAGAGCAUGCAGCUAUUAUCUUGUGGGAUACUUCGUCAUGGCAACAGAGAGGUCAGUUGAUGGCCCACUCCCUGACGGUCACUCAGCUGGCUUUCUCCCCCGAUGGUCACUUCCUCCUCGGUGUGUCUAGGGACAGGACAUGGUCUCUCUUCGAGGAGAUUCAGAAUGAAGAUCUUCCUUACCGGCUGAUAGCACACACAGAUAAGAAGACAUCGGUCCAUUCUCGUAUCAUCUGGUCAUGCUCCUGGUCACACGAUAGCCAAUAUUUUGCAACGUCUUCAAGAGAUAAAAAGGUGAUUGUAUGGGGUAAGAGGAAAGAGUCUGAUGGUAGCAAUGGACCUCUAGGGCAGUAUGGUGCAAUAUCCAAGCCACUAGACAUUGGUGAUUCUGCAACAGCUGUAGACUUUGCCAGACAAACAACAACAAAUGAAAGAUACAUUCUGGCUGUUGGAGCCGAGUCGGGAGAUAUAUCAAUACACUCCUGGCACCCAUCAGAGCCGACAUCAUGGUCAUGUCUCAUAACACUGCCUAGACAGUCAAGUCACACCAUGACGGUUAAACGAUUGAGCUGGAGACCAUCAAGCAGGCAUCGGCAGGACGAGACCAGUCAGAACCUACAGCUGGCUAGCUGCAGUUCAGAUGGCAGUGUGCGGAUACACACAUUUAAUGGUCUGUCAUGACGUUGUGCAUCACCCUCAGAUAUGUAUAAGGCACAGAACUGCGAAUUGACAAAAUCCUACGUGAGGCUCAACCUGUCGAGUACUGAAAUUUGUAAUUCCAGUCGGCCUUUUAGAGGAUCCAUGCAAUCCCAGUAGGCAAUUGGUUAAAAGUGAUCAUUUCACUUGCAGGUUUUACAAAAUCUCAUUUUGGUUCUUGGAAAUGGGCUAAAAUAAAGGCCUACAGUGUAAAGAUACAAGUUUUGAAGUAUCAUAUCUACAACUAUUUUUAAACUUUGGAGAUUUAAACCAAAGUUUGAAAAUGAAUGAGGCUACUUUUGUAUAAAUUAUAGUUUUUCAUCCUAUAAUGAGGUGUGUUUCAGGGUAUUUGAGGACAAGUACGAGCACUUAUACACUUGUUUCAUCUUAGUUUGAGAUUUUUUAAAAGUAGCCGCCUAAAAAGUGUAAUGAUCCCUUUAAGCGUUCUUUUGGCAUCUUUAGGAUCUUCACGGUAAGAGAGUACCGGUAGACUUUAUUUUUCUUGGUAAAUUGCCACUUGUCUACUUUCCGUUCACGUCCCAUGUGAACAAAUCCUAGUUCCUCUAUGACCAGUUCAUCUACUAACCAUUUGGUCCAAUUGCCGAUGAGUCCAUUUACCAUUUGGUCUAAUCUAGACAUGUAUUCGUAAAUUAGAUUGAUACAUGAAUGUAAGUAGAUUCACAAUUUUUCUUCCAUCAGCCCUCUACCAGACUUCCACCUUUCUAAUAAAAGUUCUUUGUAUCAAAUGGAUGUGUUUUCGAAUCCCACCUCGGACCUAGUAUCACUUGGCAAGACAUCUAUCCGCACUUUGCCACUUUCCUCGCAGGUGCAAUGCAAACUUCAGUGUUUGUCGUGUCGGUGCAGGAGCGCCCUUAGCACCACUCUUUCAGGCAUUGCAUGCAUGCAGAAACGCUCUUUGUAGCGUGCGUAAGGGUGUGUCUGCACCUUUGAGGUGCGCGGAAGUAUGGUUCUAAGGUGACAUGACGUGUUGUUGGUUUAGCAAAUUCGAGUGUGCAAAAUGCUCAAUAUUAAAAUACUCCCCAUGGAGUGGAGAUUGUGCAUGACAACAUGUAGCAGAACAGAAACAGAUGACCCGGAAGCUUUGUUCCGAUGUGAUCAUUACUAUAUAAAGCGUAAUAGUAGAGGGUAUUCAUCAUCGAACGUAAAGGGCAGCAAGUCACAGCAGUGUUGCUAUCAGGAAGGUGCACUCAAUACGUGCAUGCAAUUGAAGCGCACAAACGAUUUGGAAGGCAUGCCAACGAAACCAUGAAGCGACACAAUAUACUCAUGGAGAAAUAGCAAAAGAGAGGUAAACUAAAAAAUUAUGACAAUACUA